CCAGCUUUCAUCAUACCCAGCCCUCGACCGCUUGAUACCCCGACAAUCCGAAGCUUUGCUUGAACCGCAACCAACACCAACAUGGCGCAAGACCCCCGUGCACUACUGCAAAAGGCAGACAAGGCGAUAGCCUCCGCAGGAUCAGGUUUCAGCCUCUUCGGCGGGCGCACCGAAAAGUACGAGAAUGCAGCGGAGCUGUACAUCCAAGCAGCGAACGCAUUCCGGCUGCAGAAGCAGGCCAAAGAGGCCGGUCUGGCAUUCGAGCGCGCGGCGGCGAUACAGCAGAACAACCUGAAUGAGCCGGACGACGCGGCCAAUACGCUCACCGAGGCGUUCAAGACGUACAAGAAGACGGACCCAGAGGACGCGGCUCGCUGCCUCGACUCCGCUAUCAACCACUACACCAUGAAGGGCAACUUCCGGCGCGCGGCGACGUGGAAGCAGAAUCUGGCGGAGCUGUACGAGGUCGAGGUUGGGGACCAGAAGCGCUCGAUGGAAGCGUAUGAGGUGGCUGCGGGGUGGUACGAGAACGACAAUGCGGAAGCAUUGGCGAACAAGCUGUACUUGAAGGUGGCAGACCUCGCCGCGUUGGAGGGCGACUACUACAAGGCGAUUGAGAACUUCGAGCGCGUCGCCAAGUCGAGCAUUAACAACAACCUGAUGAAGUGGUCGGUCAAGGAAUACCUGCUCAAGUCAGGCAUCUGCCACUUGGCAACCAACGACAUGGUGGGCUGCAACCGUGCGCUGGAGAGCUACCGUGACCUCGACCACACGUUCGGGUCGACGCGGGAAAACCAGCUGCUCACGGACCUGGCCGAGGCCGUCGACGCAGGCGACCAGGAAAUGUUCUCCGAGAAGCUGUUCCAGUUCGACCAGAUGUCCAAGCUGGACAAGUGGAAGACGACGCUGCUCCUGCGCGUCAAGAGCGGCAUCGAGGAGAAGGGCGAAGACUUUUCGUAGACUAUCGAUACCAUUUAGCCAGCAAAAAGACAGGCGGUUUUCAAGCAGGGAUUGGAUAUUGCUUGUCAGUACUAUAAAGUUUACCUUUCUUUGGCGAG